GGAAACUGCUCACCAACAGGCAACCAGCAACCAGAAGCCAGUCGAGUGGGUGGAAGCGGUCGCUCCUCGCAUUGUUCCGCUUGGUCUCACUUUAGGUUUUGUGGCUUCCCAGAGGAAUAAGAAAGAAAAUCAAUCAAAGCAGGAGGACGAAAGCACUGAAGAGGUGAAGAACUUUAAACAGAGUGUGUUUGUCGGCCUGUCACUGUGGUACAAACAUGACUGAGGUGGCAGCUGUAGAUGCCCACGACGUGGAAGAUAAAGAAAGCGAUGUGACAGCCAAUGACGUCGAGGGUAGAGGUGAGAGAGCAUCCACAGAAGAUCAGAAACCUCGUGGCAGGAAUGAAACGGCGAGCAAUGAGACCGACAAGACACACGUGAACGGCUUGGAGCACAAAGAAAAGAAAGGGCGAAACGAGAGCUCGGGAGAUGUUAAUGGUGUUUCACAGAAGGAGGAGGACGAGGAGGAGGAAGAGCCUGAAACAAAUGAAGACCAGAACAUUUCUGAUGUGGCAUUCAAAAAAGAGAAACUCCUCAGAUCCAGAAAGCUGGUGGCAAGAAGCUACGUGCCAAAGCUCAACAAAGACAAGGAGAACGUGACGAGCAAAUUUGAGGCCAUGCAGAAGGCCAGGGAGGAGCGCAGCAGGCAGAGGAACAGGGAGGAGCAGCAGAAGAGGAAGGAGCAAUACAUCAAGGAGAGAGAGUGGCAUCGCAGGAAGCAGCAGAUAAAAGAACUGCUUGCUUCCAGUGAUGAGGAAGAGGAGGUGAAGCCAGCGAAGGUGGAAAAAUCUUACGUCCCCAAAAUCAAAGGUAGCGUGAAGGGGAAGUUUGCAGAAAUGGAAAAACAAAGACAGGAGGAGGAGAGGAAGAGGAUGGAGGAAGAGAGGAAGAAGAGGGAGGCCCAGGAUAAGCUGGAGAAAGCCAAAAUCCAGAAAGAACUGGCUCAAAAAGCCGCUGAGGAAGGAGAUGACACAAUCCUGGUGCGUGUGGUCCCGGCGAAGCCGUCACGACCUCCCGGCAAAAUCAAAGUGAAUUUUGAAGACAUGGAGAAGAAUCGAGAGGAGGAGCUAAAAAGGAAGGCAGAAGAGGAGAAAAAAAGACGCUACGACGAAAACAAGCGCUCCUUCCGGGAAGUGAAGAGACGCUCAGUUAAUCAACAGGAUGAAGAGGAGAAAGCUUCCGAUAAGGUUCAAGUCACUCCUGGAAAGCUGAAACUGACCUUUGAGGAGCUGGAGAAAGAAAGGCAGGAGCAGAGGAGGAAGCAAGCGGAGGAGGAAGCCAAACGCCGCCUGCUAGAGGAGAAGAAAGCUUUUGAGGAGGCCAGGCUGGGAAUGGAAGAAGACGAGGAAAGCACAGGACAGGAAGACAAGGAGGAGUUUCGCCCAGGAAAACUGAGACUGAGCUUUGAAGAGCUGGAGAGACAAAGGGUAGAGGAAGAGCGCAAGAAAGCAGAGGAAGAGGCCAAGAGACGGAUGGAGGAGGAGAGAAGAGCUUUUGCUGAAGCCAGGAAAAGCAUGCUUGUAGACGAGGAUGACGAGGUGCUGAUGGCCUUGCUGAACCUGGAGGGCAGUGAGCCUGGGAAGAUAUGUGUCAGCUUUGAGGAGCUGGAACGCCAGAGGAGAGAGGAAGAGCAGAAAAGGGCAGAGGAGGAGGCUAAGAGGAGACUGGAGGAGGAAAAGAGGCUGUUUGCUGAGGCCCGCAAGAGCAUGAGCCCUGGUCUGGAUCAGGAAAAGUCUGCAUUUGGAGAUGAAACAGUACUAGAUGAGGACGAAGGGAUGGUAAAGAGUGAGUCUCAGGAAGCCCUGCACCCCAGGAAACUGGAGAUCAACUUUGAAGAGCUGCUGAAAGAGAAGGAGGAAGCUGAGAGGAGACGCAAGGCAGAGGAGCGCAAAAAGAAAAUGGAGCAAGAGAAGCAGGAAUUCGAACAACUCAGACAAGAGAUGGGCGAGGAAGAAAUAAAUGAAAGCUCGGAUGUUGUAAGCAAAGAGUACGAAGAGCUCACUAAGCUCAAGAGAACCGGCUCCAUUCAGGCCAAAAGCCUCAAGUCCAAGUUUGAGAAGAUCAAGCAGCUGACUGAGGAGGAGAUUCAGAAGAAGAUCGAGACGGAGAGAGCCAAGAGGAAGGCCAUCGAUGAUGAAAUUAAGGAGAGAGAAGCUGAGCGGUUCCAGGAGGAUGAGGACCAAGAAACGACUCCAGCGAGGGCCGAAGAGUCACCGUUCAAACAGAAAGUGGACAUGCGAGCCCGCUUUGAGCAGAUGGCCAAAGCAAGAGAGGAGGAGGAACGGAGGAGGAUAGAGGAGCAGAAACUGCAGAGGAUGCAGUUUGAGCAGCAGGAGAUCGAUGCCGCGCUCCAAAAAAAGGAUGACGACGUGGAGGACGAGGGCAGCAUCAUUAACGGCUCUGCGGCUUACGAAGAUGAGGAGGAUCACGCCAGGUCAGGGGCCCCGUGGUUUAAAAAGCCCCUCAAAAACCAGUCGGUGGUAGAUUCUGAGCCAGUUCGGUUCACCGUAAAGAUCACCGGGGAACCAAAGCCAGAGGUGACCUGGUGGUUUGAGGGAGAGGUGCUUCAAGAUUGUGAGGACUAUCAGUACAUAGAGAGAGGAGAGACAUACUGCCUCUACCUGCCGGAGACCUUCCCCGAGGACGAGGGAGAGUACAUGUGCAAGGCCGUGAACAGCAGAGGCACGGCAGCAAGUACCUGCAUCCUCACAAUAGAAACUUACGACUACUGAUGCCGCCUCGUGAUCUAGAGAGUUUCCCUCUGUCUCUCACUCCUUUUGUAAAACGUCGUCCCUCCUGGCAUUGUCAAACAGAGGGAAGGAAAUAGCAGUAUGCUUGGCAUUCCUAAGGGAGGGACACAUAACACACAUAUGCAAAAAACAAAGACAAGAUGUUGUUUACGUAUUGCUCAAAUGUAAAGCUGCACUCCCCUCUAGGAUAGAAGAUGAUACCUGUGCCAAAAACACGUGGUUCUUGUUCCCACGACAAGGGCUGCACCAAAACUUCAAAACGAUCUCUCCUGCGCGGCCCUGACAAUACUCGUCAUACCAGCACAUUUCCUGCAUUGCUCUGGUACUGUUCUGUAAAUAUCACACGUUUUGGUCCAUAAAUGGCAAAUGUUAAGCUUGAGGUAUUGAAAUGUUAAAUGUAAGAUGUGCAUUCACUUAAAGAACAGCAGUUAUAUCGACGAUUUAGAGGCAGCCACAUGUUGCAGGAACAAAACAGCUGCAUCCCUGAGUUUUACUUGCAGCCUCUACAGAUGAAUUUUUCAUGUGUUAAAUGUACUACACUUAAAGUUGUCGAGGAUUGAUAAUGAAUAUAAAAGUAGACAUGUCCGAUUAUUUGUCGUAUAUUAUAAAUAGAAAAAAAACCUUUUAAUAAAAUGAACACAAAGAA